AUGAUCACAUCCACUCCGGAGAGCGGGGCCGGGCGCUCGGUGCGCACCGGGGGGAGACGCAGCACCUCGGCGGCCGCUGCUGCCGGAGAAUCCCCGUCCUCGGUGAGCCCGACCCGGCUGAGCCGCAUGCAGGAGAUGGAGAACCUGCGACAGCUCAACGACCGGCUCGCCAACUACAUCGAGCGGGUCCGGCAGCUGGAGAACGAGAAGACCUCCACGAGGCUGAUCCUGGAGGAGAAGGAGGAGAGCACGGAGCGGGAGCUGAAGAACGUUCGCCUGCUGUACGAGACCGAACUGGCGGACGCCAGGAAAACCCUGGACCACACCGCCAACGAGAGAGCCAGGCUCCAGAUCGAGUACAGCCAACUGUGUGAGGACCACCGCAAACUGGUGGCCAGGAACAAUAAGAAGGAAGCCGAGCUGAGCCACGCCGAGGAACGCUGGAGGAACCUGGAAGCUGCUCUCAAUUCCAAAGAAGCAGAUUAUGCUAAUUUACUAGCAGCUAACCGCAGACUGGAGAACGAUGUGGCUGAUUUCAGAGCACAAGUGGAUAACCUGGACGCCGCGCUGCAGAACGCCAAAGCUCAGGUCAAUUCUGAGAUGCUCGGGCGAGUGGACGCAGAGAACCAGAUCCAGACCCUCAACGAGCAGAUAGACUUUCAGAAGCAGCUUAGCGACCAGGAAGUGCGUGAGAUGAGAAGUCGGUACGAGAGCAGGCUGGUGGAGGUGGAUUCGGGCCGACAGAAGGAGUUCGAGAGUAAGUUAGCUGACGCCCUGCAGCAGCUUCGACAGGAGCACGAGACCCAGAUCCAGCAGUACAAAGAGGACAUGGACCGCACCUUUAAUGCUAAGUUGGAGAACGCUAAGCAGGUGGCGUUGAAGAACAGUGAUUACGCCACUUCGACCAGAGAAGAGCUGGAGGAGACGAGAACAAAAGUGGAAUCUCAGUCUGUGAUGAUCGGCGGUCUGCAGAAAUCGAAUCGAGAGCUGGAGGCGAGGGUUCAGGAUCUGGAGCGAGCUCUGGACCGGGAGAGGCAGCUCGGACACCAGCGUCUCUCUCAGAAGGAGCAGGAGAUGGCUGAUAUGAGGCAGCAGAUGCAGGCACAGCUGGAGGAGUACCAGAGUCUGCUGGAUGUCAAACUCAUGCUGGACAUGGAGAUCAACGCCUACCGCAAGAUGUUAGAGGGAGAGGAGAAACGAAUGAAUCUCUCCCCGAGUCCUGCCCAUCACGUGCCCAUCACCCGUACCCACAUACAGGGCGCGCGCAAAGCCUGGGGCAAGAAACGCAAACACGAGGGGGGUACAGGGUUCUCCCCCAGCUUCAAAAUGUCCCAGCACUCGUCUGCACGCGGCUGUGUAUCCAUCGACGAGAUCGACCUGGAUGGAAACUUCAUCAGGCUCAGGAACAGCUCUGAGAUGGAUCAGUCAUUGGGAAGUUGGGUGGUCAGACGAAGCCAAACAGGCGUUCCGGACGUCACUUUCAGAAUUCCAACCUCGUGUGUCCUGGGUGCUGGACAGACCGUGACGAUCUGGUCUGCAGGAGCUCAGGUGGAGCAGAGACCCCCGACUGACCUGGUCCUGAGGAGCGGCAUGACAUGGGGGCCCAUGAGUGAUGUCCGGGUCUGUCUUCUCAAUCCACGACAUGAAGAGACCGCAGAGAGGUGUGUGGUGAGGCUGCAGGGUGGAACCGAUGGAGAGGAUGAUGAGGACCUGGAUGAAGAGAGUGCAGUGGGAUCAGAGAUUCGCCUCCGCAGACAGGGAUUUGUGGAGAACCAGGAGACCAGUUGUGCUGUGAUGUAGCUCAUCUAACCAAGAUAUCAGUGGACCAUUACAUGGACAACAAGACCUCAGAAUCUGUAUAGUAGUUAGUGUUAGACGUGGAACUUCAUGUCCGUGAGCUCGUACGUGAUCUUGUCCAGAUCACAUGUAGUUAAAUAUGAAGGACAGGACCGAGUCUGGACCUCUGAGCUCCAUCAUGAUGGUUCUGGAGUUCCUUCUCAUUUGCACUUGCUAGACUUGCACAUUGCUAACGUUAAUGCUAAUGUUUGUGUUUGUUUAUAUGAUCGAAGUUUGUGGUCAAAUAUGAUUCCAAAACGUCUUUAUUCAUUAUGUGGCACUUUGUUUGUAGACAGAAGUGCUUCAAUACAGCACUGACUGAUAUUAAAUAAGAAUAAAUACCGUAAAUAUUUUAUUAAUCUGAAGUUUGACAAACAUGAGGGACUAGUUCAACUCGCCAUGACUGACUCUCUUACAAUCGCAAUUUCAUUAGUAUUCCAACAGAAUGCCUUAAAAUGUCGUUUAAUUCCGUUUGUUUUGUUAAUGUUGGUGUUAUAUUUAGUAUGUAGUUUUUAUUUAGUGUUCUGACAGUUGUAGCCAUCGUUAAACAAACAAACGUAUUUGCUAAUACAGACCGCUUCUGCAGACCUGUACAAGCAGCUGUACCUGCAGCCUAUUCACUGUUUAUUUCAUUAAUAUGUACUUUUAUACAUUUAUUCAAUAAAGUUUAAGAUGUGGUGA